GCGCGGCGCUGCCCGGCGGAGGGACGGGGCGGGGAGCAAGGGGGGGCGAGGUCCGCCAAGGCAAUUAGCGCUAAUUAACGGAGGGGGCGCCGCGGCGGCGGGCGGGGACGGGUCAGGGUCUGGGGCCCGCGGGAGGAGCAGCGGCAGCGGCCGGAGCGGCAUCAGCGGCGGCGGGGGGAGCGGUGCUGCCGCCGCCGCGGCCCCGAGGGGCGGCUGUUGACCCCCCCCCCAGCCGGCUGCCGCCCCCGCCGCGGGGCGCCAUGGCCGUGGGCGGCUGAAGGAGCCCCAGCGCCCUCCCCCGGACGAGUUAAUGGUAAAGUAAUGGAUUCCAAAGAAUUGCUUAACCCGUUGGAUCAAGAUGAAACCAGGAAAAAUGCACUCAUCAGUACCAAAGGAGGGAUCGUGAUGGACUUCCAUCCACCCUUCAGGGGUGGAGCUACUGUCCAAGCCCCUGUGUCUACAUCUCCUCUCCCUGCAUCUUCUCAGUCAGAUUCCAGUCAGCAACCUGCUUUGGCUGACUUUCCAAAAGGAUUAGGAAACAAUGUGCCUCAGCCAGACCUUUCCAAGGCAGUGUCGCUCUCGAUGGGACUGUACAUGGGUGAAACAGACGCAAAAGUGAUGGGAAACGACCUUGGAUUUCCGCACCAGGGCCAAAUCGGCAUCUCUUCUGGAGACACGGACUUCAGGCUCCUGGAGGAAAGUAUUGCGAGCUUGAACAAGUCCUCGAGCCUGGCCGAGGACGCCAAGGGAACCGCGUCUUCUGAGGGGCCGCUCGAGCCGGAUUUCCCAGGCAUGGCCGCGCGCGGCGGCCCCGCGGAGUCGGGAGCUGCGGUCCAAGGCCAGGUGGGCUCGAAUGGCGGCAACUUGAAGUUGUUCUCUGAAGACCAAAGCACCCUGGAUAUCCUCCAGGAUUUGGAAUUGCCGCCGGUGUCGCCGGGCAAGGAGCCCAACGGGAGCCCGUGGCGGCUGGACCCGUUGCUCGAUGACGGCGGCUUGCUGUCCCCCAUAUCCGCGGACGACGCCUUUCUCCUGGAAGGAAGUCUCGGCGAAGACUGCAAGCCUCCUCUUUUAUCUGACACUAAACCUAAAAUUAAUGACCGUGGUGACCUUUUACCCAGUUCCAAAAUGCCAAUGCCUCAAGUGAAAACAGAAAAGGAAGACUUCAUCGAACUGUGUACUCCCGGCAUCAAGCAGGAAAACAUGGGCCCGCUUUACUGCCAGGCCAACUUCUCCGGGUCGAACCUGCUGGGUACGAAAGUCUCGGCCAUCUCCAUCCACGGUGUCAGCACCUCUGGGGGACAGAUGUACCACUAUGAUUUAAAUACUGCAUCGCUCUCUCAGCAGCAGGAUCAGAAACCAAUUUUUAAUAUCAUUCCAUCUCUUCCUGCCGGGUCAGAAAAUUGGAAUAGGUGCCCGGGAUCGGGGGACGAGGCGUUGGCUCCACUGGGAACGCUCAACCUCUCUGGCAGACCUGCUUUCUCUAAUGGCUAUUCAAGCCCUGGAAUGAGGUCAGAUGUAAGCUCUUCUCCAUCCACAACCUCAGCAACCACGGGACCACCUCCCAAGCUCUGCCUGGUGUGCUCCGACGAGGCCUCGGGGUGCCACUACGGGGUCCUGACGUGUGGCAGCUGCAAAGUCUUCUUCAAAAGGGCAGUGGAAGGGCAGCACAACUACCUGUGUGCCGGCAGGAACGACUGCAUCAUCGACAAGAUCCGCAGGAAGAACUGCCCCGCGUGCCGCUACCGCAAGUGUCUGCAGGCGGGCAUGAACCUGGAAGCCCGCAAGACCAAGAAGAAGAUCAAGGGGCUGCAGCAGGGCGGCGCGGCGGGCGCGCGCGAGGCCCCGGAGGCGGCCGGCAGCAAGAGCAUCGUGCCCGCCUCGCUGCCCCAGCUCACGCCCACCCUGGUGUCCCUGCUCGAGGUCAUCGAGCCCGAGGUGCUCUACUCAGGCUACGACAGCUCCCUGCCCGACUCCAGCUGGAGGAUCCUCUCCACGCUCAACAUGCUGGGCGGCCGCCAGGUGGUCGCUGCGGUCAAGUGGGCGAAGGCGAUCCCAGGUUUCCGAAAUUUGCACCUGGAUGACCAAAUGACCCUUCUGCAGUACUCCUGGAUGUUCCUGAUGGCUUUUGCUCUGGGCUGGAGAUCCUACAAGCAGUCCAAUGGCAACCUGCUGUGCUUUGCUCCAGACCUGAUCAUUAACGAGCAGAGGAUGAAUCUCCCAUGUAUGUAUGAACAAUGCAAACACAUGCUCAUGGUGGCCCGAGAGCUGUCCCGCCUGCAAGUCUCCUACGAGGAGUAUCUCUGCAUGAAGACCUUGCUUCUCCUCUCUACAAUUCCCAAGGAGGGCCUGAAGAGCCAGUCCCUGUUUGAGGAGAUCCGCAUGACGUACAUCAAGGAGCUGGGCAAGGCCAUCGUCAAGAGGGAAGGGAACUCCAGCCAGAACUGGCAGCGAUUUUAUCAACUGACUAAACUGCUGGACUCUAUGCAUGAUGUGGUUGAAAAUCUUCUGAGCUUUUGCUUCCAGACAUUUUUGGAUAAAUCCAUGAGUAUUGAGUUCCCAGAAAUGUUGGCAGAAAUCAUCAGCAAUCAGAUACCAAAAUAUUCCAAUGGAAAUAUCAAGAAGCUCUUGUUUCAUCAGAAGUGACUGCCUUAACACAAAGGGUUGCCUUAAGAAACCGUCACACGAUAGCUUUGUUUUGUAAAGAGAAAACCUACAGAACUUGUUCCUUUUGUCCUCGCAGGUGUUUCUUUUGUAAUUAUGCACUACAUGUGGUUUACAGAGGGCCAAGAGUUAGGCUGGAGAAGCAGCGGAUUUCUCGCGUUGGGGAAAGGAUUGGGGAGAAAGGAAAGGAAAGGAAAUCGUGGUUUUGGCAGAAAUUUUCUCUCUCCCCUCGUGCACCAUCCCUGGAUGCAUCAAACCACCAGUGACAAGCUCUGAGGCUGUUACAAACAUUCUGCUAAUUAAUUAAUUAAUUGCUGCAGUUGGCUGGAGACAAUUUUUUAGGCUUUUUUUUUUUAUUUUAGUAAAGUGUUUUGGAUUUUUUUUUUAAAGUUAAGGUAGUAUUUUGGUUUAUGCAUGUAACCUGAAGAAAGUUUACAAGUGUAUAUCAGAAAAGGGAAGUUGUGCCUUUUAUAGCUAUUACUGUCUGGUUUUAGCAAUUUCCUUUAACUUUAUAUACCGUGAACUCGGCUUGUUCAUUUUUUCUUACAUAAUUUUUUUGUAAUACUUCAAGAUGCCUAUUGUACAGCUGGUUUUUUAAGGUGGGGCAGCUCGUAGCUUUCCUAAAUGACCUCUAGACAGUAAAUACUCAAGUAGAUUCAUGUGAAACUGGGUUGGGCUUUUCUAACCUAAUGCUUUCAACCGGCAAAGUGGCCAUAAAAAUUGGGUUUUUUCUAAGGGCCCGGGUGGGUGGGAGAACACUCUCAAAUCUCAUUUCAGUAGAUCCAGAUGAAACAAAUCCUUUUGGUACAUUGCAAAAGCGUUGGAUAUGCAGAUUCAUAGAAAAUUAACCCAGUCCUAACUGGAUGUAAAUGAGCAGGUUAUUUUAUAUAUUGAAAAAAAAGAAGCCUGAUUUUUGCAUAAGAUGCAACAGCCAUAACACAAAGAGUCACGGGCUGCAUUGAUGCCAAGAAGAUCAGUCCUGACUGCCCAUCAGGAAAUUUUCAGGAAAAUAUGCAUAGCUUCAGAAAAGUUUACUUCUGUGUGGAGAAACUCCGUUUUCUAUACACGUAAAGCUGCCAUCACACAAGAAUUUCUGGAGCCCCAGGGACAGGGGAGGACCGAGCGCUCCCAGCGGCUGGGGCUGCUCUCCUGUAGGGUUCAGGAUCCUCCUCUCCGGGGACUUGUCCACGCAGCUGGGAUGGAUCUCCCAGCUCCGAACUCACCUGGUUAGAGACCCAGUUCCACAUCUCCACCCUCCACUGACUGCUCCAUCCUCUUUCCUGGAGAGCAGGAGAGCUCCGCUACUGAGUUCGUGGUCUUAGAGUUGUCCGUCAAACUUUGUCUUUGUAAGGCUGCAGCCCUUCACAUUGAAUUCCUGGCGUGCCAUAAAUUCCCAUAGGCCUUGUGGAUUUCUCCUUGUUGCCAUUGAUGAGGAUAUUUUCGACAUUUAGAAGCUGUAGUAGCCUUUUCUACGUGCACCUUAACAAUUUUCUGUAUCUCAAAACUGAAAUAUUUACUAUGCCACUCUAAAAUUUGAUUUUUACUCAAAGUGGCCAGAUCGUUUGUGUAAUAGAAAUGAGAAAGAUCGUCUGAGAAAAUACAAAACCUAAUAUAUUUUUAUAUUUAGUUAUAGUUUCAAAUAUGUAUAAUCGGUAUAUUCGCUGAUCCAAGAAAAAAAGGGAAGGGCUACUGCAGCUUUAAAAGCAAUUUAUUAAAUGAUUGUAAAAUAGCUUGUAUAGUGUAUAAUAAGGAUGAUUUUUAGAUGACAGAUUGCUUUAUCAUGAUACAUGUAAUUAUAUUUUUUGUAGGGGUCACAGAUAUGCUGAGUGGAAACCGUGGCGCGUGGUUUGGCCGGAGGCAGCACCGGGGCUGUCGGUGCUGGUAUCCAAAGAAGUGCUCUGUUGAGAGGGGAAACCUGUGCUCCUGGGUGUUUGUAGGGUUGGGUUGUGUUCAUGGAAUCACUGUGUACAAUUCCCGUUGGUUUGGGGGGAUACUCCUAUCUGUAUGGUCGGGAGCCGCUCCCGAGGCACGGCUGAACCAGACCCCGCUGCAAAACUGUCACAGCUCUGACAGCAAAAACAGCUUAGAAAUUGGGCAAUAAUCCACAUCCAGGUGCCAGCAAUAUGUAAAUACAGAGCGUGGGGUGUUCACAGCACAUUUCUACAUUGAGCAGACCUUGGUUUCCAACUGAAAUAGGAAACUCAAUUCUCAUCCUUUCUUAAAGCUCUUUUUGAAUGUUAUACCUAUUAAAAAAGAUCCUAUAUUCAGUACUUUGGAGUAAAAUAGCAUCUUUAAUAAAAUAAUCACUCUCUUCUUUGAUCUGUAAGGAAUAUGUACAUUUUGUAAUAGGUAAAGGUCAGGAUUUUAAUUACAACUUCCAGCCCAAGUCAUUGGGAAUCGUCCCGCACCCGUUUGCGAUACAGAUAGGAGUUUGUACUGGUGGGGCUGGGGGGUCCUGGGGAGGGGAAGCCUGCUCUUUCUUUGGAGAAUGUUUUAUAAACUUGCAUCCCCAGAGCCCUCAGUCGGAGCCUGGGGACAGCGUGUGCGGGUCGGGGUGCAGGGACCCCAAAUUGUCGUUUUUGCCAGCAAAAGCAACUGCAGUGAACUCCAGCAGGUGGUGGAGUCAGGGUUGGAACUGGAUGAGCUUUAAGAUCCCUUCCAACCCAAAUUCUGGGGUUCUGUGAUCCCCCCGUGAGAGAACCGGUCACAUAGGAGGAGAGGCUCUCUGCCCCUUGUGUCUGUUUGCCUGUAUAUUCAUUUUUAGUCUCUGGAUUUAGGGAGAGUCAGAGGAAACUGUGAUGUCCGAGGAAGAGUCGUCCUGUACAUGCUGUUCAGUUUAAACUUCACCAGUGAGACUCCGUAGUGCUGUAGCCAGCAGUGAGAAGUCCGUGUCCUGUUAUCCGUGGUCCGUGUAGCAGUGGGGAGUCCCUGCACUCUGGAUAAAGCAGGGAGAACUCGGCCUUGGCCCUUCAGUGCCUUAUCACAAAGUGCACGGAUCCGCCCGCAGGCGGGGGCAGCUCAGGACUCGCAAUGGCCUUAGGGGGACACCGGGACGGGGACAGGGACACGGGGGGGCGGGGGGCUGGGGACCGGUGCCAAUCGAUGCUGAAAAAUGACCUCGCCGUUUCCACAGGAAAAGGUAGGGAAGGAGGAAGUGCCUGGAUGAACACGGGCUGUGGGAACAUCCUGCGGCCAAACUCCAGAGAGGGAGGACUUCAGGGACAUGACUUAGAGUGAGGUUUUAUAAAGAUUGUAUUAUUAAAUCCCUGCAAGUGUUCGAGGCCUGCCUGGACGGGGCUUGGAGCAGCCUGGUCUGGUGGAAGGGGUGGAUAGAGGAGCUUUAGGGUCCCUUCCGACCCAGUCCAGGCUGGGAUUCGUGGUCACAGACCAGGCGCGCUCUGCCCCAUCCCAGUCUGCAGCCAGGGCUUGCUGAGCCAUCGAUGUCUCGUAGGAACCAAAUUUUCCGUGAAGGUCGAGGCCUCUCCAGAGGCCUCGUGUCCGAGGGAAGGCUGGGAGAGAGUGGGAGCGCCCCACCUCCAGCCCCCUGCCCACAGCAGAGGCAGCGAUGGGUCAUUACUCUAUUUUGUAUAUUAAACAAAAAGAUAUAUACUGGGGACAAAUCCUAUAUCAUACCAGUGUAUGGCAUUAUUAAAAAAAUCAUUAUUUUUAUCACAGCAAUUUUAAACAGCAUUAAAAAAAAAAUUAAACCAGUGACUCCUGUUUAAAAAUAAAAGUUGUAGUUUUUUAUUCAUGCUGAAUAAUUCUGUAGUAACAAGUCUGUAGUUUUCACCUACUCAGUGAAAUGUUGGACUGUAAAAGCUUGUGUGGAAUUGUUGAACAUUUAUUUUUUCAUUUAAAUUUGCUGUUCUGGUAAUACAAAGCCACACAUCUGUACAGAAGUUGCAGUAAAUGUGAGCCAUUUACAGCAAUGCCGAAUAAUGGACAGAAACCAUAUAAUAAAAUUCUGCUUUUUUCAUUAAAUGGCUCCAAAA